GGAUUGUCUAAAGUUUUAUUCCAAUCAGAAAGCGUUUCAUAGAUGUUUUCCUUAGUGAACAGAUUCUAUUAAUCUAACUGCGAAAUCUUAUUGAGGCGUUUUAGAUCCGUUUAUACCAAUUGUUGUAUACCAGAUAACAAAAGAAUGAAUAAAAUGUUUCUAUUAUUCUAUCUUGCUCUGAAUAAUAUGUCUUAUGGUUCCUGAUUUAUAAGGAAAUGUCAGUCAACUUCACAUGAUUAACUUUCUGGUACUAAUACUUUAUACGGUUAACUAACAAUAAUGGACGUUUAUAAAUUUUACAUCCUACUUAUAGUAUUAUUUCUCAGUAUUCCGACAAAAAGUUUUGCAAAUAAACCGGAACGUACACAAUACGAUUUUUUGUCAUUAUGGAAAUUAAAAAAUAAUGCCUUCGUAAAUAUAGAUUAUGGUCUACCUGUUAACAUAAUUGGUGGUUUAUUACCAACUGUGAAAUUGCAGUUUAUUCGCUGUAAACCAGAGAAAGCAGGAUAUUGGACUAUGACAGAUUGUCAAGCAUUAUAUAUACCACCUGGCUGUCAUUUUACUUAUGAACAAAUAAACGUAUUACAAAAUACAUCACAGAGCAUCAAUUGUAAUCAACAUGUUAAAAGUAAAUUAAUACCUAACAGAUGGACUAAAGAAGCGGAUAAAAAGUCAACACAAGUUGUGAAAAUUCAAGUGAAUAGUGACAUAACAAACAUAAAACUUAAAGCAUUUUUUUUGCACUGUGGAAAGAAUUUAGCAUACUUCGAUAACAACUCAUUAAUACCAUUAUGCGACUGGGAUCAUUACACUGAAUUAGUUUCAAAUGGUAAUUCACUCGACGUUUAUGGAUACAUUAAUACUAGUUCAGUUCUAUCUGUAAUUUAUAUUUAUUAUUUUUGUACAAUCACUUGGUCUGAAAUGGAGAAAAAACCAGAAAAUAAAAUGAGACAUAUUUUAUGUCCGAAUUCAUGUUCGUAUGGUGCUGUAAAAUGUUCUGGUAAACCACAAGUUAGAAAAACAGUUAGUGAUAUAAAGAAGUCAAUAAUGGAUAGUACUACAGAUUGUAUUCCUAUCGGAUUAAGUGUAUUCGAUUAUGAAUACCAAUGUCUAUGUGAAAAGGGUUAUUCAUGGAAUUCUGAUACACGGUCAUGUGAACCAGAAGAUCCUUGUACACUUGACCAGAUAUUAGCCGUAAAGGCUAAUGAAAUUCAAGAACAUGGGUUAUGUGAUCCAAAAGGAACUAUACGAUGUAUUUAUAGACAAUAUUACAGAAACAAAUAUAUAUUUGGUUAUCGAAUAAGGCUUAGUUUACACUAUUCAUGUAUAUGUCAUCCUCAGUUUAUGGGAUAUCGUUGUGAUCGUUUAAGAAAUUCAUGCAUUGAAAAUAACUUACCUAAUCGUGUACCAGGAAAUGAAGCAUGUCGUACAUAUUUAGGAAAUAAAUGUAAUUCAAUAAAUGGUACCAACCAGUAUACAUGCACUUGUGUUGGGAAUUAUAAACAUUCACAAAAAUAUUCUUUCUACAAUUGUUAUGAGCGAAGAAAUAUAUGUGACAGCAUAGUAUGUCAAAAUAAAGGAACUUGCAUAUCCAGUGGUGACGGUAAACAGUUUUUUUGUCUAUGUGAAUAUGGCUGGAGUGGCAAUAUUGUACAGAACCUGAAAUUAGACAAUGGCUUCCUUGGAGCCCGUGGUCAGAAUGUUCAGCUACGUUUUAUGGAAACUAUGGAUGGAAACGUCGUACCAGAGAGUGUCGUUUACUUGGUAAUGAAAGUAUCUAUUCAGGAAAGUGUUCAGGAAAUAAAAUGGAGCUCCGGAUAUGCACAGAACGUUUUCCGGAUUUCACAAAAGAAUAUCUACCAAUUAUAGAAAUGCUUUUGAUGUUUUUGUGUUACCUCAUCACUUUACAUUUAUCUGCUGACAUUAUUUAUUUUCUGCUUCAGUCAGAACGUGAUUAAAUGAUAACACUAUGAACAGUCCCAAAUUCUAUAUUGUCAUUAUUUAUUUAGCACAAAUGAUAUUUGGCAUUUUGUAGACAUUAUUAGUUAAUGUUCUAUUUCAAGUUAUUUCUUUAUAUGGAAUAUUUCUAUUAAUUAGUGUUGUUGUAAAAUAUUUGUUUUAGUUGUCAUACAUUACGUCAC